UUGGUGACUUCAUUCAGAACAUAAGGUACAGCAAGAUGGUGGGUCAGGCUAGUAGACAGUUCUCGUUAGAACAGAUCCUGAGUGAGAAGCAAGUGCAGCACGUGGUGCGGCAGUGCGUAGCUGCGGACACGUGGCGCCUGCAGGCAUGUCACGUCAGAGCCGCCACCGACGGGCUCGCCGGCUUCCUCGGAGACCACCACCGCGCCACCCUGCAGGUGGCAGUGGACGGACAGCUCAAGGACAUACACCUCUUCAUCAAGUGCAUCCCCAUGAACAACCGCCCGAAGGCGGAGUUCAUCGACUCAAAUAACUAUUUCAAGAGAGAACAGUACAUGUUUAAGUUGCUGGAAGAGAUUCGAGAUGAAAAAGAUCCAUACCCGUGGUGUCCGCGAGCCUACAUCUACACGGACUCUAUAAUCGUGAUGCCUGACCUGGCCGUGGAGGGGUACACUACCCGCCAUUACUUGGAGACGCUGGACCUCCCGCACAUGAUGCUGGGCACCGCCACCCUCGCGCGCUUCCACGCAGCGUUCACCAACUACGAGACCCGACAAAGCAUCAUCAAUAAACGCCCUUACAACAGCAACGACGUUCUUGGUAACCUGCUGGUCGAACCUGCCUUCUGUGACUCGCCCUUCAUGAAAACCUGCGCCAAAUUGACUGCUGACUUCCUCAAGGUUUUCUCUACCAAAUCUUAUAGAAACCUACCUAAUUUGGAGGAAAAGAUAGCGAAGCAGUUCUUAGUAGCAUGUGAAGGCGUUAGAGAAUGGAAGGGGACCCUCAACGUGCUGAUCCACAAGGACUUGUGGGUGAACAACAUGAUGUUCAAGUACGAGGGCGACGUGCCCACCAACGCCAUCAUCUUGGAUUUCCAGCUGCUGCGGUACGCGCCGCCCGCCUUCGAUCUCAUGACAUUCGUGUACUUGACCACAUCGAGGAGCUUCAGAGAAAAACAUGAGAAACAAAUCUAUGAUCACUACUUCUCGGUGUUUUGUGACAAUUUAGACGAUUACUCUAAACAGAGGAUGAAAGAUUUGGGGUACGACAGGGAUAGUUUCUUGUGGUGGUGUGAGCGAGCUCGCAUGUUCGGGGUGGUGGAGCCGGCUGCCAUCAACCCGUUCAUCCUGAUGGACCCGAAGACCGCGCAGAAGACGUUCGACGACCCGGAGACGUACCACCGGGUGGUAAACGAGGACCGCUCGGAGCCCGUGCUGCAGUACGCCACCUCCUGCAGCGUCUACCGCGACCGACUGCUUGAGGUGUUCGAGGAGUUCGUCGAGAGGUACAUACUCAGCCAACUGUGAUUAAUCUGUGAUACCGAUGAUAUGAUUAAUAAAUAAUUAUCUUUUUAUUACUAUACGUAUAUGGCGUGGUUUUAAAAUAAGUAUUUUAAUGUUAUUCUUUGUUGUUGACUCAUGUAUAGGUAAUCAUUGCUUGUCUAAAAAUAAAAAACCUUGUUUACUCGA